AUGUUUGUGUGGUCCCAGCCCACAGCUGCUGCACUGAUAGGAGCCAUCCAGCUGGGCAUUGGGUAUGCUGUGGGGAACCUGACAUCCAAGCCUGACAGAGAUGUGCUCAUGCAGGAUUUCUACAUGGUGGAGAGUGUCUUUCUACCCAGGUACAGUACACAGCACUGGCAUCACUCAGCAGGCUUAUACACAUCACUAGUUAGUGACACGAAUACAGCACAAACUCUGUUAAAGAAGCAUAUCUGAACCUCAUUGGUCAGAUUUUCCCAUUGACACAGAAGUCCCUUUCACUACAAAAGUCCUACUCCAGUGUCCUUUUCACCUCAUUUAACACCUGUUCAUUUCCACGUUUUCAUACAUUCAUAGAAUGUUUGGGAAUGACGCAGAGUAAGGCAUUUGGGAAAAUUCGAUAGCAAUGUAGUGUGGGAAAGUGGCUGUGCGUUUGGACAAUUAAUAGACACUGCAGUAAAUAAAACCUAAUAAAAACAUCUGUCUUGUCCAGGACCGGACUCUACACAGACCGAUCAGACCUACAGUAAGCCUAUAUGCAAAUAAGCCAUUUGCCACACGGGCCAGCCAUCACUCACUUUGAAUUGGACUGUGUGUUUACAGGCAGUAGCAACAGCACAACUUCAGAUCAUUAGAAAGCAUUCACCUAAGGCCACAAAAUAUACCUGAAUGGAUUUCUGCAAAUAUGUAAAUACCACGGGAGUCCUCUUACAUUUGCAGACUUUACUUUUAAUGCAGGAAAACUUAAAUCAGUUUUAGCUCAUUUCUACCAGCAUGUUACCUGUGCAACUAGAGGAAAAAUAACUCUAGAUCACCUUUACUCCACACACAGAGACUCAUACAAACAAAGCUCUCUUUCGCCCUCCAUUUUUGGCAAAUCUGACCAUAACUCUAUCCUCCUGAUUCCUGCUUACAAGCAAAAACUCAAACAGGACGUAUCAGUGACGCGCUCAAUAUGGAAGUGGUCCGAUAAAGCAGAUGUUAAGCUACAGGACUGUUUCGCUAGCACAAACUGGAAUAUGUUCCGGGAUUCAUCUAAUGGCAUUGAGGAGUUUACCAUAUCGGUCACCGGCUUCAUUAAUAAGUGCAUGGACAACGUCAUCCCCACAGUGACAGUACGUGUGUAUAUACAGUGGGGAAAAAAGUAUUUAGUCAGCCACCAAUUGUGCAAGUUCUCCCACUUAAAAAGAUGAGAGAUGCCUGUAAUUUUCAUCAUAGGUACACGUCAAAUAUGACAGACAAAAUGAGAAGAAAAAAAUCCAGAAAAUCACAUUGUAGGAUUUUUAAUGAAUUUAUUUGCAAAUUAUGGUGGAAAAUAAGUAUUUGGUCAAUAACUAAAGUUUCUCAAUACUUUGUUAUAUACCCUUUGUUGGCAAUGACACAGGUCAAACGUUUUCUGUAAGUCUUCACAAGGUUUUCACACACUGUUGCUGGUAUUUUGGCCCAUUCCUCCAUGCAGAUUUCCUCUAGAGCAGUGAUGUUUUGGGGCUGUCGCUGGGCAACACAGACUUUCAACUCCCUCCAAAGAUUUUCUAUGGGGUUGAGAUCUGGAGACUGGCUAGGCCACUCCAGGACCUUGAAAUGCUUCUUACGAAGCCACUCCUUCGUUGCCCGGGCGGUGUGUUUGGGAUCAUUGUCAUGCUGAAAGACCCAGCCACGUUUCAUCUUCAAUGCCCUUGCUGAUGGAAGGAGGUUUUCACUCAAAAUCUCACGAUACAUGGCCCCAUUCAUUCUUUACUUUACACGGAUCAGUCAUCCUGGUCCCUUUGCAGAAAAACAGCCCCAAAGCAUGAUGUUUCCACCCCCAUGCUUCACAGUAGGUAUGGUGUUCUUUAGAUGCAACUCAGCAUUCUUUGUUCUCCAAACACGACGAGUUGAGUUUUUACCAAAAAGUUCUAUUUUGGUUUCAUCUGACCAUAUGACAUUCUCCCAAUCCUCCUCUGGAUCAUCCAAAUGCACUCUAGCAAACUUCAGACAGGCCUGGACAUGUACUGGCUUAAGCAGGGGGACACGUCUGGCACUGCAGGAUUUGAGUCCCUGGCAGCGUAGUGUGUUACUGAUGGUAGGCUUUGUUACUUUGGUCCCAGCUCUCUGCAGGUCAUUCACUAGGUCCCCCCGUGUGGUUCUGGGAUUUUUGCUCACCGUUCUUGUGAUCAUUUUGACCCCACGGGGUGAGAUCUUGCGUGGAGCCCCAGAUCGAGGGAGAUUAUCAGUGGUCUUGUAUGUCUUCCAUUUCCUAAUAAUUGCUCCCACAGUUGAUUUUUUCAAACCAAGCUGCUUACCUAUUGCAGAUUCAGUCUUCCCAGCCUGGUGCAGGUCUACAAUUUUGUUUCUGGUGUCCUUUGACAGCUCUUUGGUCUUGGCCAUAGUGGAGUUUGGAGUGUGACUGUUUGAGGUUGUAGACAGGUGUCUUUUAUACUGAUAACAAGUUCAAACAGGUGCCAUUAAUACAGGUAACGAGUGGAGGACAGAGGAGCCUCUUAAAGAAGAAGUUACAGGUCUGUGAGAGCCAGAAAUCUUGCUUGUUUGUAGGUGACCAAAUACUUAUUUUCCACCAUAAUUUGCAAAUAAAUUCAUUAAAAAUCCUACAAUGUGAUUUUCUGGAUUUCUUUUCCUCAAUUUGUCUGUCACAGUUGACGUGUACCUAUGAUGAAAAUUACAGGCCUCUCUCAUCUUUUUAAGUGGGAGAACUUGCACAAUUGGUGGCUGACUAAAUACUUUUUUCCCCCACUGUAUCUCAACCAGAAGCCAUGGAUUACGGGUAACAUCUGCAUUGAGUUAAAGGCUAGAGCUGCCGCUUUCAAGGAGCAGACACUAAUCUGGACACUUAUAAGAAAUCCUGCUAUGCCCUACGACGAACCAUCAAACAGGCAAUGCGUCAAUACAGGACAAAGAUAGAAUCCUACACUGAAGCAUGCGUGAGAGCACCAGCUGUUCCGGACAACUGUGUGAUCACGCUCUCCGUAGCCGACGUGAGUAAGACCUUUAAACAGAUUAACAUUCUCAAGGCCGCAGGACGGAUUACCAGGACGCAUACUCAGAGCAUGCGCUGACCAGCUGGCAAGUGUCUUUACUGACAUUUUCAACCUCUCCCUGACCCAGUCUGUAAUACCUACAUGUUUCAAGCAGACCACCAUAGUUCCUGUGCCCAAGAACGCGAAGGUAACCCGUCUAAAUGAAUACCGCCACGUAGAACUCACAUCUGUAGCCAUGAAAUGCUUUGAAAGUGGUUAUGGCUCACAUCAACACCAUCAUCCCAGAAAACCUGGACCCACCCACCGCCCAAACAGAUCCACCGAUGACGUAUCUCUUUUGCACUCCACACUGCCCUUUGCCACCUGGACAAAAGGAACACCUACGUGAGAAUGCUGUUCAUAGACUACAGCUCAGCGUUCAACACCAUAGUGCCUUUCAAACUCAUCACUAAGCUAAGGUCCCUGGGACUGAACACCUCCCUCUGCAACUGGAUCCUGGACUUCCUGAUGGGCCGCCCCCAUUUGGUGAGGGUAGGCAACAACACAUCUGCCACGCGGAUCCUCAACAAGGGGGCCCCUCGGGUGCAUGCUUAGUCCCCUCCUGUACUCCCUGUUCACCCACGACUGCGUGGCUGCGCACGACUCCAACAUCAUCAUCAAGUUUGCCAAUGACACGACGGUGGUGGGAUUGAUCACCAAUGACGAUGAGACAGCCUAUUGGGAGGAGGUCAGAGACCUGACAGUGUGGUACCAGGACAACAACCUCUCCCUCAACGUGGGCAAGACAGAGGAGCUUAUCGUGGACUACAGGAAACCUAGGGCCGAACACGCCCCCAUUCACAUCGACAGGGCUGUAGUGGAGCGGGUCGAGUGCUUCAAGUUCCUCAGUGUCCACAUCACUAAGGACCUAUCAUGGUCCAAACACACCAACACAGUCGUGAAGAUUGCACGACAAUGCCUCUUCCCCCUCCGAAGGCUGAAAAGAUUUGGCAUGGACCCUCAGAAAGUUGUACAGCUGCACCAUUGAGAGCAUCUUGACUGGCUGUAUCACCGCUUGGUAUGGCAACUGCUCGGCAGCCGACCGCAAGGACUACAGAGGGUAGUGUGUACAGCCCAGUACAUCCAGUACAUCACAGGGAUGUAGCUCAGUUGAUAGAGCAUGGCGUUUGCAAUGCCAGGGUUGUGGGUUCGAUUCCCACGGGGGGCCAGUAUAAAAAAAUAUGUAUUCACUAACUGUAAGUCGCUCUGGAUAAGAGCGUCUGCUAAAUGACAAAAAUGUUUUUAAAAAUGUAAAAAUGUAAAUCACUUGGGCCGAACUCCCUGCCAUCAGGACCUCUAUACUACCAGGCGAUGUCAGAGGAAAGCCCUAAAAAUUGUCAAAGAGUCCAGCCAUCCAAGUCAUAGACUGUUUUGUCUGCUACCGCACGGCAAACGGUACGUUAAUCUCUAGGAGACAGAACGCGUCUCCUUCCUGAGCGGUAUGACGGCUGCGUGGUCCCAUGGUGUUUUAUACUUGCAUACUAUUGUUUGUACAGAUGAACGUGGUACCUUCAGGCAUUUGGAAAUUGCUCCCAAGGAUGAACCAGACUUGUGGAGGUCUACAAUUUUUUUUCUGAGGUCUUGGGUGAUUUCUUUUGAUUUUCCAAUGAUGUCAAGCAAAGAUGCACUGAGCUUGAAGGUAGGCCUUGAAAUACAUCCACAGGUACACCUCCAAUUGACGAAAAUGAUGUCAAUUAGCCUAUCAGAAGCUUCUAAAGCCAUGACAUCAUUUUCUGGAAUUUUCCAAGCUGUUUAAAGGCACAGUCAACUUAGUGUAUGUAAACUUCUGACCCACUGGAAUUGUGAUACAGUGAAAUAAUCUGUCUGUAAACAAUUGUUGGAAAAAUGACUUGUGUCUUGCACAAAGUAGAUGUCCUAACCGACUUGCCAAAACUAUAGUUUGUUAACAAGAAAUGUGUGGAGUGGUUGAACAACAAGUUUUAAUGACUCCAACCUAAGUGUAUAUAAACUUCCGACUUCAACUGUAUAUGGCCAAGCUAUCAUUGCUCAUUGUGUAUUUAUUCCUUGUGUUAUGAUUUUUUUUAUUUUAUUAUAAUUUGUUUGUAAUUGUAUUCUGCAUUGUUCGUAAGGGCCGUAAAGUAAGCAGAUCACUGUAAGUCUACACUGGUUGUUAAUGAAGCAUGUGACAAUUACAAUUUGAUUUGAUGCACAUCAACAAGAACAACAACUGAUAGCCAGAGCGAGAAGAGCUAAAAUCUAACGAGGGAACAGUAGAUAAACCCUCUCAAACUCCAAAAUUGCACUGAUAAAUGAUGUGGAAUAGUAGCCUGCUCGCCCUUCUGCAGCUUGCCUGCCAAUGCAUGCUUGUCCCAACCCACGUUUUGACAACUGAAUGGGAACAAACUUGCCUGCCUGCCCAUUUGGUCGAUGCCAAAUACAUUUGAUUGACAACUAAGGGAUAUGGUAAUUGUGGAUAACAGUCGUUCAAGUUCAGCAUAGCUAGCUAGCAAAGUGAUUCACAUUUCUUGCUAGCUAACCAAAUGACACCUGCCACUCUAGCUGUAGCCACAGAAAAACGAUAUGACGGAAAAGUUGGCCACUCACCCACUCAUCCAAUCACAUAACAUCGUCCCAGCAGCCAGCUAGCUAGCUAGCUAACGUUAGGCUUCGUGUUUUUGUUGGUAAAUAAAUAGCUACAUAAAUAGAUAAGCUAGCCUAUUAGCAACGUUAUGAAUGACUUAUGAUCAUUGCCCUUACUAGUUUGAUUGUAUUGACAUUCUCAUCCUUAGUUACAUUCGUCUAUUUUUUUGUCCAACAUAUUGAGUCAUUGAAACUGAAACGGUGCAUCCCGAAUGGCUGGAGGAAGAAAACAAUGUACCAGGCCAGCUGUGAUAACAAUAUUUGUUGGACUACCGAAACAGUUAUUGGUGAUAUAUAUUAUAUUAUCCAUUCAUUGAACUGCAUCCAUCGGCCAACAAUGCCUUACUCUACGUCAUGGAAUUUUGAGUCAAAUAUAACCUAUUUUAAAAACGUCUUAUAAAGUUGGUUUUGUAGCGUAAGAUGGGAAUUUGAAAUUUUUUACUGAUAUGAUUUGUCUUUUUGUUUCAUAUCUGCAAAGUCGUUAAAACGCUGUCAGUUCCAAAAGGCACAUCUCAAUAGGGUCCAGGUAUGACAUGGCACAAGGGGGGCCGAUUUUUAUAGUUUAAUUGUUUUACCUUUACUGUUGAAAAGCGAUAUCCCAAGUAUAAAUACAGUAAAGUACUCACAAAGGUUAAACAAAUUAGUAGGGCAUUCAAAGAGUUGGUCUGAUGGGAAUCCGUGAUCUUGAGAAACAAUAUAGGAGCAAUAGAGAACAGAAGAGGAAAUGCCAACACCCUGCCUUGUGCUAUGUCAUGACAUACCUGGACCACCUAUUGAAAUGUGCCUUUUGUUAAGUAAAUCAGGUGUUAAAUAAGGUGAAAUGAGACUGGAGUGCCACUUUAAGGGCCCAACAAACCCUACGCAAACAGAGUGCUGGAGUGUCAUACUGUCUGUUUCAAAAUAUUAGCCACACAAAAGUACGUAGGAAAUGAAGCUCUCUCGUUGCAUUUUAAGUGUCUUUAAAGUUAGCAAUUGUGUCUAAAAAAAUACUCAAUCUUGCUAAAAAAAUAAUAAUAAUUAAACCUUUUUGUGUGUACUUUACUGUAUUUAUACUUGGGAUAUCGCUUUUCAACAGGAUUGUUUUUUUGUCUUUAAAACUACAACACUUAGCUUGACAUGCAUGACCCUCAAAGCUUCACUGAAAGAUGCACAUCUGUUGUGGCAUCAGUUAGGCACUGCUUAUCACAAAGCUGAUGCUUAUUGUAUACUUCAAAAGCUUCCUUGUAGGGGUCAAUCACUCAGUCACAAUAUUCUCUGUUUGCUCUAACUCAGUGGUUCCCAAACUCUGGGGCCAACUUACUCUUGAAAGCUGUAAUAGUAGAAUACUUCAAAAUUAGGUAGUGCAUCAGCAGUUUUCCUCAUGUCAUGUCAGUCAUUGCUCCCUCAGAGAGCUAUUUAGGUCGCUGGUUUGAAUGUCCGAUCAGGCAAGGUGGAAAAAUCUGCCGUUAAUCCCCAUCAACAAAAACUGUGCUGUGGAUUUCGAUAAAGGCAGCCCCCCGGAUCGCUCUGAUUUAGAGGGGUUGGGUUAAAUGCAGAAGACACAUUUAGGUUGAAUGCACUCCAUUGUGCAACUGAUUAGGUAUCUCUUAUAACGUUUUAGAAAUGACCAGAACCAACUUACUAGCCCAUGUCAGCUAAUGUUUUUUGUUCCCCAAUGAUGGAAGGGGGGCCCCGAGUGGAAAACGUUUGGGAACCACUGCUCUAACUGAUACAUUUGUGUACUGUACACUCUUCUCUCGGGAUGCAAAUGUACAUAUUUUCAGUGAUAAAUUAUUGUUUGUAAAUGGAUGUAUAGGAUUGCUGUUGCACACUGAUAACACUAAUCUGUUUGUGUGAUAAUGCUUGGGUUGUCAGUGAGGGGAGCAACAUGACCCCAGCGCACCACUUCCCAGACUUCCGCCUCAAAACCUACGCCCCUCUCGCCUUCCGCUACUUUAGGGAGCUCUUUGGCAUCAAAGCAGAUGACUACCUGGUUAGUGUGGAAAGCCCUUUACAGAAAACACUCCUACACACCAUGUGCUUCUCUGAUAAUACAGUAUACAAUCAUGUAGUAAUACACCCCAUCAGAGUUCUAUCAAUAAGAGCACAGUGUUCCCACUGGGCACAGAUGUCAGUUCAAUGUCUGGUUGAGUUGUUAACUAACAUGAAUUCAACAUUCACAUUGGGUUUAGGUUAAAAGUUAGGUGAAAAAAAGAAUUCCCUUACAUUGAUUACCUUUUUCAAAUCCAAUCAGUUUUCUACGUUAAUUCAGUGUCAUCACAUUUGAAUUCUUUGGUUGAAAUGAUGUGGAAACAAUGUUGAUUCAACCAGUUUUUGCCCAGUGGGUUUGAUUUGUUAGUUGAAAACUUCCUUGUUGCUGUCCUGUCUAUAUAAAUGCAUGCUAUUGGUUCUUCCUGUAUGAAUUCCAGUACUCCAUCUGUAAUGAGCCUCUGAUCGAGCUGUCCAACCCCGGGGCCAGCAGUUCCUGGUUCUACCUGACCAGCGAUGAUGAGUUCAUCAUUAAGACUGUGCAGCAUAAAGAGGCUGAGUUCCUGCAGAAACUCCUUCCUGGUUACUACAUGGUGAGCCUCUCCCUUAACACGAACACCAUUCCUGUCACAAUAAAUAGAGCAACUCCUAUCAGUUCUAGUGCCUUCAGGAUAUUCUUAUUCAAAGAUUGUAAAGUUUUAUUUAAAUGUUAGCAACAUGUGUGAACUAUUCUCAAAUGUGUCUUAAAUAUGUAAAUGUUUCUCUUUUUCCAUCUUGUUUUAUUUCAGAAUCUGAAUCAGAACCCGAGGACACUGCUACCGAAGUUCUACGGCCUAUACUGCAUCCAGUGUGCUGGGUUCAACACCCGCCUGGUGGUGAUGAACAAUGUGUUGCCCAGGGCCCUCCAGAUGCACUACAAAUACGACCUGAAGGGCUCCACCUACCAACGCCAUGCCUCGUGCAAGGAGCGUGCCAAGUUCUCGCCCACCUUCAAAGACCUCGACUUUCAGGAGAUGCUUGAGGGCCUGCACUUUGAUGGCGACACGUACAGUGCCUUAAUGAAGACACUGCAGAGGGACUGCAGGGUGAGGCCACUCACAGUUGAUUCACUUACAUAUUGGUAUUGCAUAUUCAAAGCAUGAAGGCUAGUCAAAUUGGUGUUGUUAGAGGGACAUUUUUGUUCCUUCAGUAGCAUUUGGUUGGAUAUUUCUCAUUGAACUUUGAACGCUCAUUGGCGAUAAUGUUACAUAAGGAUGACCGGCCUCUCCUCCAUCACCUUGAGCCCUUCUGAAUGACUGCAUUAUUACUGCAUGUUGUUUGAUUAGUGGGAAAGCACAGUAGACUCCUCAACAGAGGAACUGGACUGAGGCAGAAUAACAGUCACCCAACACAAUGUGGUAGUUAGGCAGCAGCACAGUAGGGUAACUCAGGCACUGUUAAGGCCUUUGUUUAGAGGAGUUAUAGUGUCACAUCAGUGUUGGUCAGAAGCAAUGUUCUCUCUAAGCUGCGUUAUGAGCCCGCGCAGAGAAGCACGAGAUUGAACUAAACUCAACUUUCUACAGUUUUCCCCUUUAGUUAACACUAUCAACGUUUCGCUCUACUGUGGGAAUUGUGAUUGAAUCAACGCAAUAUUAGCCACUUUCAAUUGUAAUAUACCGAAACAAAACAACUAUGCAAGAUUUAGAAUGCAAAACUAACCAAGAGAUUUUCUUGUAGGCAGAGCGCAUUGGAGUAGGAUUCUAUUCCAUUGACAGGCACAACUCAGACCCGUACACAGACCUGUGUGCCAUAACCAAUCUUCUUCUUCUGUGGUAUAAUGGCAUUCACAACAAUCGGAUGUGCAUUCCGCCACCUACUGUGCGGGUGGAUAAUAAGGAUCCCAAAAAAGGAAAUAAUGUGGGCAAAAAUAAUAAUAAUCAAACAAACUAUCAAAAAAUAAAUUAACUAAACAAAAUCAACCUGCUUUUCUGUAAAAAACGAAUUCUUAACAGGUCCCUACACAGGCUCAGAAGACUCCUGUGAGGGCGGGACAUUUCCUAGCGACAAUAGUCCUUGCAGUGCUUCUGCCGUGAAGUUCUGGAACCCCAAAAACUUAUCGGCUGCAGAUAUAAUGAUGUCCAGCUCCUUGGACUUCUAAGACACUUGUGCUGUACAACUAAUCACUGUGGCUAUAAAUGACACAAAAUCCACCUUCUUUAUGUAUCCAGAUCACUCGAUUGACUUAAAACAAUAGCAACUGGUUGCGAUGCAUCCAAUGACAAAUCUUCAACACUAUUGCCUCUUGCCCCUUUGACUCUCUUCACUGCCUCCACAUAGGAGAACCGCUACACAGCCCUGAUCCUUGACACCUCGAACCACCUUCACCCUAACAGGGCACUCAAGGAAGUCCGGAGUAUGAUCCCCACCACAGUUGCAACAGUUUCCAUUUACCGAUUCUUCAAUACCAUACUUCUCCCAUCUGCAAACAUUUGACAUGUGCCCAUAUCCCAUAUUUACAAUUCUCACACUGUAAUGGUUUGGACACAAAUGCUCUCACCGCAUACCUCACAUAUCCAAGCUUCACAUGUUCAGGUAGAGUCUCCUCAAACAACAAUAAAAUCGAUAGGCUUUUCUCCUUCCUUCCAUUUACCAUACGGGUCAGGCGACAUGCGCUGACCACUCCUGGGAUUUUCUGACUAAGGUACUCGUCAUCUACACUACCGGUCAAAGGUUUUAGAACACCUACUCAUUCAAGGGUUUUUCUUUAUUUUUACUAUUUUCUACAUUGUAGAAUAAUAGUGAACACAUCAAAACUAUGAAAUAACACAUAUGGAAUCAUGUAGUAACCAAAAAAGUGUUAAACCAAUAUAAAUAUAUUUGAGAUUCUUCAAAUAGUCACCCUUUGCCUUGAUGACAGCUUUGCACACUCUUGGCAUUCUCUCAACCAGCUUCACCUGGAAUGCUUUUCCAACAGUCUUGAAGGAGUUCCCACAUAUGCUGAGCACUUGUUGGCUGCUUUUCCUUCACUCUGUGGUCCGACUCAUCCCAAACCAUCUCAAUUGGGUUGAGGUCGGGGGAUUGUGGAGGCCAGGUCAUCUGAUGCAGCACUCCAUCACUCUCCUUCUUGGUAAAAUAGCCCUUACACAGCCUGGAGGUGUGUUGGGUCCUUGUCCUGUUGAAAAACAAAUGAUAGUCCCACUAAGCCCAAACCAGAUGGGAUGGCGUAUUGCUGCAGAAUGCUGUGGUAGCCAUGCUGGUUAAGUGUGCCUUGAAUUAUAAAUAAAUCACAGACAGUGUCACCAGGAAAGCAUGCCCACACCAUAACACCACCUCCUCCAUGCUUUACGGUGGGAAAUACACAUGCGGAGAUAAUCCGUUCACCCACACCGCGUCUCACAAAGAGACGGCGGUUGGAACCAAAAAUCUCCAAUUUGGACUCCAGACCAAAGGACAAAUUUCCACCGGUCUAAUGUCCAUUGCUCGUGUUUCUUGGCCCAAGCAAGUCUCUUCUUCUUAUUGGUGUCCUUUAGUACUGGUUUCUUUACAGCAAUUAGACCAUGAAGGCCUGAUUCACACAGUAUCCUCUGAACAGUUGAUGUUCAGAUCUGUCUGUUACUUGAACUCUGUGAAGCAUUUAUUUGGGCUGCAAUUUCUGAGGCUGGUAACUCUAAUGAACUUAUCCUCUGCAGCAGAGAUAACUCUGGGUCUUCCAUUCCUGUGGCGGUCCUCAUUAGAGCCAGUUUCAUCAUAGCGCUUGAUGGUUUUUGCGACUGCACUUGAAGAAACUGUCAAAGUUCUUGAAAUGUUCCGUACUGACUGACCUUCAUGUCUUAAAGUAAUGAUGGACUGUCAUUUCUCUUUGCUUAUUUGAGCUGUUCUUGCCAUAAUAUGGACUUUGGUGUUUUACCAAAUAGGGCUAUCUUCUGUAUACCCCCCCCACCUUGUCACAACACAACUGAUUGGCUGAAAUGCAUUAAGAAGGAAAGAAAUUCCACAAAUUAACUUUUAAGAAGGCACACCUGUUAAUUGAAAUGCAUUCCAGGUGACUACCUCAUGAAGCUGGUUGAGAGAAUGCCAAGAGUGUGAAAAGCUGUCAUCAAGGCAAUGGGUGGCUAUUUGAAGAAUCUCAAAUAUAAAAUAUAUUUUUAUUUGUUUAACACUUUUUUGGUUAAUACAUGAUUCCAUAUGUGUUAUUUCAAUGUAGAAAUAGUAAAAAUUAAGAAAAACCCUUGAAUGAGUAGGUGUUCUAAAACUUUUGACCGGUAGUGUAUAUCCAAUGAGACUCCAGCUAUAACUCCUUUUGCAGGCGCCCUGCUCCGAAGAUCAACACAGGUUACUUCUAACAUGGGCAAUUUUGCCAGAUGCAGUGCACACUUCUUCUGUUCUUCGACACAAUUAACCAAAACAAGGCUGCUUCUAGUCACCUUGAUUGAGUCCACCUUUCCCACUGCUUUCUUCACAGCCCUCGAUAUUACAAAUGGAUUUCCCAAAUGAACCUCCUUGUCCAAAAAACGCAGUCCAAUAAGAAAUGCAUUAUGGGACCGGUCCUUGUCUUCUACUACAACUUUUGCUCGUUUUGUUCCAUUCUUUGAUUUCACUAUGUUCCAUUUAUUAUCACACACUUCACUUGCCGCACUUUCAGAUUCAAGCACAGUCUCCAUUUCCCCACCUAACCACCGAGGGCCUUCCCGCCAUAACCAAUCAGAGCUGCAGUAAGCCUAUAUGCAAAUAGCCAUUGCCAUAUAUGGAUCUUUACCAUUCACUUUGAACUGGACUUUGUUUAGGCUACAGUAUGAGUGGUCGCGAGUAGAUGCGCUUGUUUUGAGAUCAAAGUGAGAUCUGCAUGUAGCCAGGUGUGCACAUUGGUUCAUAUUAUUUGCUAGUUAGUGAGUUAUUAGCCCAGUUAUAGCUCAUUUCUAGUCAACAAUAGGGGAGUGGUUGCUUCCAACGAGCACAAAAUGUGUGCAUUUCUAGCCAUCUUUGAAAAGCGAGUCGGGUAAAGAGCUUUUUUAUGUCUUAAAGGGGAAGUGUUGUAUUUUGAGACGACUUUGAAUAAGCUAAGUAGCCAAUAGCCAAAGCGUGGCAUUAUUUGUCUGAUUCUCUGUAAUAAUGGUAUGGGAAUAAUAAUUAAUUUUAUGUAAAGUGGUUUCUUGCAUCAAACACAACAUUUUCAGUCACCUCCUUGUCUGAAGGACAAGUGGAUAUACAGGUUAAUGUCAAGCCCUGCAUGUUUUUUUCUCCAAAAGUCUCAUGGAAUGUAGGCAUUGAACACCACACAGGCUGAAUGAUAGAACAGCUAUUUCCAUGUUAAAAUGUUAUGGGAUGCGUUUUUCUCUAUUGUUUUUGAUGGUAGGCCACUCUGUUAGGCCUACAUUAUGAUCAAAUAGCCACAGUAACCUACUUGGCAAUUGUUGAAACUGUAACUUAAAGCAGGUACAGCCUCAGUGUUCACAGUAAACGCGUGCCGGAAGUUGCACAGAAUUUUCACAACGUUCAAGUUUGUGCUCAGCAGACCAGAAAUUUGCUCAGUGCCUACAUUUUGUUGAGGGAACAUUGGUCAGAGGGCUAGAGGUUUAAGUGUUUUUGGUUUGCUAAUCCAUCUUUGGUGGCUAGUUUGACAGGACUUUCAGCACGGGUGGUUGUCGAAGGUCGCGUGGAGUGGUCACUUAAGAGGAUUGUUCAGAAUUGUUUAUAAAGUGGGAACAAAAUGUGGUCAUGUUUGUGCUUUGGUCACGUGUACUUUUAUGUUCCUGUCAUAUUCAUCUGUGUGGAUUCUGUGGUCAGGUCCUGGAGAGCUUUAAGAUCAUGGACUACAGUCUCCUGCUGGGGGUGCAUGUGCUGGACAAGAAGUGUCUGGACAGGGGGGCCAGGGCGGACAGUAAGCGCCUCAAUGGCCAGAGGGUCCUCUACUCCACUGCCCUGGAGUCCAUCCAAGGGGAAGGGGACGGCAAGGUUGCAGAGCCAGUGGCAGAUGAUGACACGUGAGAGAACAUUCACCUUCAUAAGGCCCUUUCACUAAUGACAUAUCACUGACUACACAAUGAGUCAUUGUAAACGUUAGUACAUUGUAUUAUUCACACCGUAAUUCAGUCAUACACUGCAUAGCAGCUGGUUGAGAUGUAAAUUCCUUUUUUGUCUAUCAGAAUGGGUGGAAUUCCAGCUAAACACAAAGAUGAGAAGAUGCUGAUCUUCUUAGGGAUUAUUGACAUCCUCCAGUCCUACAGGUAAGAGCUUUUUGUGGAACCACUGUCAUCAUUUCCAUCAAGAAAAACGCAUCUAUGUUACACAUAACGUAACUUAUCUUUGUAACAUCUGUACUUAUUUUUAAGGUUCAUCAAGAAGGUGGAGCACUCCUGGAAAGCCCUCGUACACGAUGGGGUAGGCUACAGUGUGUGCGCAUGUGAUUGUAUUCAUAUUCCAUUUGGCUCUCAUAGCGGCCUGACACCUGUGUAUGUUUGUGUGUCAGGAUACAGUGUCAGUUCACAGGCCCAGUUUCUAUGCAGACAGAUUUCUGAAGUUCAUGGGCGGCACUGUAUUCAAAAAGAUCCAUCGUAAGUGACUUAUUUCACUCAAACACACUCAAAUAGACCUUAUAAAUGUUCCCAUUCCUUUUCUUAGUCAAUAGUUGUAGAUCAACUUUGUUUCUCUCUCUCUCUCUCUCUCUCUCUCAGCUGUAAGAGGAGCAUCCUCCAAGAGGAAGAGGAGCUCCAUCCAUGCGAUGAGGUCAGCCUCCCAGGAGGUACUGUCCCCCCAAAAGGAGGAGAAGAAGGACGAGAGAAAGGCCCAAAGCAUGGAGAGCCUGAACGGACAAUGUAGUCACCCUUCAUAA